GGCAGCACCACAGUGCGGACGCCUGGCCGAUCGCGGAGCGCAGCCAUCCGCCGCUGCCCAGGGAGCGCCCAAGAUGUGGGGGGACUGGAGUGGAAGCGGCUGUAGCAGCUCCAGAGACGGGGGCGCGCAGCAGCCUUGGCUCGCCCGCCUGUCCUGACCUGCGUCGCUUGCCCCCAAAGAAUGUCAGCCAAGUCCAAGGGGAACCCCUCCUCGUCCUCUCCAGCCGAGGGACAGCCGGCAGCCUCCAAAACCAAGGUGAAGGAACAAAUCAAGAUCAUCGUGGAGGAUCUGGAAUUAGUCCUGGGCGACCUGAAGGACGUGGCCAAAGAACUUAAGGAGGUGGUUGACCAGAUUGAUACCCUGACCUCUGACCUACAGCUGGAGGAUGAGAUGACAGACAGCUCCAAAACAGACACACUGAAUAGUAGCUCCAGCGGCACCACGGCCUCCAGCAUAGAGAAGAUCAAAGUGCAGGCUAACGCACCUCUUAUUAAACCUCCAGCGCACCCAUCUGCUAUCCUCACAGUCCUGAGAAAGCCAAACCCUCCACCACCUCCUCCACGGUUGACACCUGUGAAGUAUGAAGACCCUCAAAGGUUGGUGCCAACUGGCAAUCCCGUCAAGACCAAUGGCACCCUUCUACGGAAUGGAGGCUUACCAGGUGGACCCAAGAAAAUUCCAAAUGGAGAUAUCUGCUGCAUACCCAAUAGUAACUUGGACAAGGCUCCAGUGCCGCCUCUGAUGCACAGACCUGAAAAAGACAGGUGUCCCCAGGCAGGGCCUCGGGAACGAGUACGAUUCAAUGAAAAAGUGCAGUACCAUGGCUAUUGUCCUGACUGUGAUACCCGGUAUAACAUAAAAAACAGGGAGAUCCACUUACACAGUGAACCUAUCCACCCACCAGGAAAGAUUCCUCUCCAAGGCCCUCCCCUCCCUCCUCCACCCCAUCUUCCUCCUUUCCCCCUAGAAAAUGGGGGACUGGGAAUAAGCCACAGUAACAGCUUCCCCCCUCUCAGACCUGCAACUGUGCCUCCUCCCACUGCACCAAAACCACAGAAGACCAUCUUGAGGAAAUCAACCACUACAACAGUGUGAUGUAUGCCAUUUAAAAAACUUUUUGGUUUUAUUUUUAUUUUCUAUAUUAUAAGCAUAAAAAUAAUAAGUAAUGAGCACUUUCUACUCAAGCAAUAAAAAGCCCAAAUAAACUAAUCCUGCAUUCAACAAAGUGGCAUAAAAACCACCUGGUAAGUAUUCAGUGCAUUGCUUAUGUCCUGAGUUCACAUUAUUUUAAAUGCACAUCAUCAAAAACUGCAGAACAAUGAAA